AUGGCAGUACAGUUGACACCACUCAAGGCCUUCAAGUGCAGCUACGAUGAUUGCUUUCACUCUUUCGACACAGAGCGCGAGAGAAAAGCCCACCUCAAGGACAAGAAAAUCCACCCCUACUACUGUGGCAAGGAUCCUGGUUUCGAGAGAGUGCAAAGAGGCUUUGUGAAGUGUGACUUCCAUGGCAAGACUUGGGAUGAGCUUCUUGCACACAAAGUUGAGACAAUGCUCCCAUGGAUUGUCGGCGAGCGCAGGUUUGAGAUCCCCAAGAAGCUGAACCACAUCGUUUGUGAGUUCUGUGGUGUCGACUUUGACAGUCUUGCUGGCAGGGAGAUUCAUCGCAAANAGGGUACGUCGAUGCAUCAAGCCGAUCAACAUGUCGUCUGCAAAGGUUAUCUCGUCGUUCGAGACGAGAAUGGCAAUGACCACCGUGAAUGCUGCGGUUCCAUCUUCGGCCGCGCCAGUCAGCUCAUCAGCCACAUCGAAGGAGGUUUCUGUGCAUACUUCAGGCCUUUGGCUCUCAGACAGGAGCGUGAGCACAAGCGCAUGCUCAAAUUGAUCUUGGAGGACCCCGAGAGCUUCAAGAGAAACAUGAUGGGCAUUUCUGAUGCAAUUCAACAGCCAAAGCCUAGGGAGAUCGACGACAUGAGUGGUGGUGUCAGCAUCGAGUCAAUCAGCCAAAGCGACCACAGCCAGUCCCUCAGCCACCCACCUUUGAGUCCCCAGUUGUCUCCGACUGCGAGCCAAUCUGAAGACGAAUGGCCAGCGUUGCUCAGCACUGAUAUCAGUCAGUUAAGCAACUCGAUGAAGAGCUUCUCAGUCAGCUCCACAGACGACAGCGACCUGUCCUUUGGUUAUGCUGAGAGCAUUAGCGAAGACGCUGUCAGUAUCUCUAGUAACGCCGCAACCACAGACAGCGACGAUGAUGUCAGCACGGCUCCUGCUACACCAGUCAAACCAUGGUCCACUCCUAACCUUCCUCAAAAACUAUUCGGACGUUUCAAAGCAAAGGCCAUCGCCAAUUGGGAUGCCAUCAAUGCUUCUCAUCAGCGCAACAAGGAAGAAGACGACCAAAACAACAUCUUCACUUCACACUUCUGGGACCCUACUCACACCAAUUUCAAACCUGACUUCUUCUACUGCCCAGACAUCACCAAUUAUGCUGCUCCUCCCUACCAGUGUCCCUUCGAGAACUGCAAGAGACGUUUCAAGACACCUCAAAAUGUUGGCGAUCAUAUGCGCGAAACACAUGCUGCACAGCGUGAACUAUGCCCAGUUUGUCUAAGGGACUUUCACAAGCUCAGUCCUCUUGUCGCUCAUUUCGAAGCGAGCUCGUCUGGAGCUAAAUGUGAUGUGGCUCGUCGUGAAGGCUACAGCGAUCUGCUCUCGGAGAUAACCGGAGGACUUAUUCAGGCCUACAAGACGCUGGAUGAGCCUAUCAGUGGCUACAAGUUGGAGCCUGGUAGUGAUACUGCCCGCCCUGCACAAAAAUCUCACAUUGAAGACGACCAGUGGGCAUCAGCAGGAAAUGGCGUCAAAGACUACGACUACAGAUCCAAAUCGCCUACUCGUGUCGACAUCUGGAGACAUUGA